CCUCCCAGCCCGGCUCGGCCUUGGGCUGGAGAGAGAAAGAGGGAAGGAACGAAGGGAGGAAGGCAGGCAGGGAGACUGCAGCAAGCUCAGCUCGACCCCAGCCCUCACACUGCCAGAAAAGUGCACUCUCUCCUCCCGAGCCUUUUCGCUGCUUAAGUUGCUGGAUUCUGCAGUACAAGUCUUCAUGAACAAGCUGCACCGCUUAGAGAUUUCACGACAUUCAGAGGUCACAGAACUGCCACUAUGGUUAAAUGUCUUGUUUAAUGGUUGAGAGGUGCGGAGAAAUCUCAUUUGACAGUCCUGACCAGAAUGCCAAAUGUGUUCGCAUGCUAGGAGAUGCACGGGUGAGAGGUCAGACAGGGGUUCUCUCCGAGCGCCGCGGCUCCUACCCGUUUAUCGACUUCCGUCUUCUUAACAAUACUACACUCUCAGGGGAAAUCGGCACCAAGAAAAAAGUGAAAAGACUGUUAAGUUUCCAGAGGUAUUUCCAUGCAUCCCGGUUACUGCGUGGAAUUGUACCACAAGCCUCUCUAUACCUACUGGAUGAGGACUACCUUGGACAAGCAAGGCAUAUGCUCUCCAAAGUGGGAAUGUGGGAUUUUGACAUUUUCUUGUUUGACCGCUUGACAAAUGGAAACAGUCUCGUAACGCUGCUUUGUCACCUCUUCAAUGUGCAUGGGCUUAUCCACCAUUUCCAGUUAGAUAUGGUUACGUUACACAGGUUUUUAGUUAUGGUUCAAGAAGAUUACCACAGCCAGAACCCGUACCACAACGCCGUCCAUGCUGCCGAUGUCACACAAGCUAUGCACUGCUACCUGAGGGAGCCCAAGCUUGCCAACUUCCUCACCCCGUCGGACAUCAUGCUCGGACUGCUCGCUGCUGCGGCUCACGACGUGGAUCACCCUGGGGUCAACCAACCCUUUCUCAUCAAAACUAAACACCACCUUGCCAGCCUGUACCAGAACGUUUCAGUGCUGGAGAAUCACCACUGGCGGUCUACGAUAGGCAUGCUCCGGGAGUCGCGGCUCCUCGCCCAUCUGCCCAAGGAGGUGACACAGGACAUCGAGCAGCAGUUGGGCUCCCUGAUCUUGGCAACAGACAUCAACAGACAGAAUGAGUUUUUGAUCCGUCUGAAGUCUCACCUUGACAAUCAGGAUUUGAGGCUGGAGGAUGCACAAGACAGACAUUUUAUGCUUCAGAUUGCACUCAAGUGCGCUGACAUUUGCAACCCUUGCCGGCUCUGGGACCUCAGCAAACAGUGGAGUGAACGGGUCUGCGAAGAGUUUUACCGGCAAGGUGACCUGGAACAAAAAUUUGAACUGGAAAUAAGCCCCCUUUGUAAUCAGCAGAAGGAUACAAUACCCAGCAUACAGAUUGGGUUCAUGACGUACAUCGUAGAGCCGCUCUUCGAGAGGUGGGCCCAGUUUACAGGUGACACCCCCCUCUCUGAAAACAUGCUCAACCAUCUCAGGAGGAACAAGGCCAAGUGGAGGAGUUUGCUCCACAAGCAGCACAGCAGUAGUAGGAGCAACGACCACUCAGGUCAAGUGACUGGCAGCCAAGAACAGACUUUAAAUGAAGAAGAGACUCCUUAGUGGCAGCUUUGCACUUUCCCUUAUAGCACUGCUUGUCUUGAUCCACAGCAGCAGGCAAAACCCCGGGGAGCUCGGAGCACGUUGUCAAGAUGGCGGAAAGGGAAGAACCAGCAAAGCAGAAGCUGUUAAGGGUCCUGACGGACGAGCCCAGGGUUCUGCUGGGUUCCUCUCUGGAUCUCCUUGGUGUUCCUCUCCCCUCUCUUCCUUCUGAGCAUGCCUGAUGCCAUUUGUCACUUCUGAUCACGAACUGCCUUGAGCGCAGAGUCCCAGACAGCAGAACUUCAGCCGGGCCCGUUACGGCCUGCAGGGAAGCGGGGAGGAUUCCUGAGAGAACAGAGGAGAUGACAGAGACACUCUUGGUUAUCUAUCCAUUUACCAUGAGUCAUACUGUGACAUAUGUAUAUAGGCCCAGAGCUCCAUAUGGUUGUUGGUUCCCAGGCUGGCAGCUGGGCUGCACAUUAAACCACCAGCAUCUUCAGCAUCCAGGGGACACUGGCUGAGUGAGACAGCGCUCGCAGAGGGCAGAGAGAGUCUGGUUAUUUUAGUAAUUAAAACAAAAAACCUUUUUAACUUUUGUAUUCUGUGCACUAAACAACAGAUCUAUAAAAACCUGGACUGAAGUUACUCUCCGUAUACACAACUCCAGUGUAACAAGGCUCGUUUUGGUAACCAUUUUUAUGCCACUUUGGAUAAAAGACGGGGAUCUUCUCAUUGCAAGGAACCCUCGCAACCCAAAGGGAAGGUGUUGUACAGUCUAAACCUUUGAAACACGAACAGAUCUAUCUUUUGAGUACUGUUUCCAGUAACAUGUUUAUAUUCAUACGUGUACAUUUUCUGUAAAUACAAAGCGCUACUGAUUCCCAUGCCAAAAUACUGGAGUACUGUGGGAUUGCUACCUGUAAAAACAUUGGCACUGUGAACAGAAUACUGUUAGUUUUAAUACAAGAGAAAGCAUUUGUAAAUAUGGUAUAGAGUUUAUUAAUAUACACCAUCGUUUGUGGAUAAAAGCCUUAACUUCCUUCAUCUUCUGAUUGAUAGCUGCCAAAACCAUACGGUCACAAGAUAACGAUUCUGAACUGCCUUUCCACUAUCCAAGGUGUAUCAAAGGUCAUUAGGGAAUGAAAUCUGCAGGAGAACUUCUCAAAAACUUCAAACACAUUCCAUAUGGGUCCAUGUUGUUAAUCCGUGGCACCUGGCACGUUUGGCCUAGGCAAAUGUUUCACAGAGCCUGAAGUUUUAAGUUCUAAAAAAAAAACCACACCAAACCAUAAAAUCAAACCCCACAGCAACACCACCGAAUUUCACAGGUCGACCUGAUGAACAUUUAUUCAAGAGCGUGAAUUUUUACUAAGUAGCUUAGUGAUCUACAGAGCACGACAUUCUAAUAGUUCUGGAGUCCAAUUGUUUUCUGGAGUGAUGUUGCAGUGUAGCUGAUUUUUUCCCCCCACAUUCCCUCCUUAGAUAGAUAGCCAGAAUUGAAAUGCAUUUGUAUUCUAAUUUUCAUUAAAAAAAAAAAAAACAUUAAAUACUUCAACUGUCUUGUAGCUCAGUCUCCCUCAAUGAAGGAAAAAAAAUGGGUUGUAGCCAGACCUUUAAGAAAAAUCAUCUUAACUAUUGUAGUAGAGGAGGAAUUUUCUAUGGUCUCAUGUUUGUGAAAGAUAAAUGGCCUUAUCAUGCCAUAAACAACCUUAGUUGAGUUAAUUUUUAUACAAUUUUCCAAGUUUCCAAUAUUUCAAUGAGAUUGUGUUCUCAGACACUACUGCAUUGUACCAAAGUGACUGCCCUCCUCUCCCUGCCCCUAGAAAAAAUAACUGCAUUCAGGUAAAAAGUGCAGUGUUAUAAACCCCCAGCACAUCAAAUCUGUGUUUUUCAAAAGAACUAGCGACCAUAUAAUCAUAUUUGGACAUGAAUUUUUUGGAGAGGCAAACAAAGAAUGAGCUAUUUAAGCUGGUGUUUGAGAAAUAAAAUGUUUACGCAUAGAAGUGUAAAGGGAGAUAAAGGAUUUCUCUCAAUUACAGCAAAUAUUGGCUUGAUAAGACAAAGGGCUCAUGCUCGUAAGUUGACUAAUAUGUUUAAAGGAAAAUAAAAAGCUUAAGUUUUAGCGAAAGAUGUUCUACUCUACUAAUUCCUUGGACAUGUAUCUUCAGAGAGAGAAACAGAAUCAUAGAAUGGUUCAG